AUGGCUGCCCUCAGGAACUUCGCCCUGAGUUUCGGCCUAGCCGCCGCCGUGGCCGAUGCCAACCCGGUGCUGUAUAGCCGCCAGAGCGGGACGGCCGGCUCGCCAUGCGCUUCGGUGUCGGCGCUCGCUGCGUCCCAGACGGCCGUCGCUCCCAGCGCGACGCCGACGGUGCCCGCAGACCUGGCCUACGAGUGCAUCAACAGCGUUCCCAUCAACCAGACGGCGGCGCUGAACCUGAUCAAGACGGCUCGCCCCUACUGGGAGUGGCAGAGCACCCUGGCCUACCUCAAGGACCCGCCCGCAGAGUACGCCGAGAAGAUCCAGGACCCGAUCGACGUCUUCGCCGAACUGGAUGCCUUGGAGGCCAGCGUCGCGAACGGCACCAUCACCAAGGAAUACGAGUUCGGCUACACCCUCUACCGGAUCAUGCAGCGCACCCACGACGGCCACUUCGUCUACGUCCCCGACUCGGUCGGCGGCAUCUUCAACUUCGGGCGGCCCAUCCCGCUGGUGUCGGUGUCGGACGACGGCGCCAGCGCGCCCAAGCCGUACGCGUACCCGGACGUGCUGGCCGCGGUCCUGAACAACGCCACCUUCACGCCCUCGGCCAUCAGCCAGAUCGACGGCGAGCCGGCCGCGGCGUGGCUGGAGGCGUGGUCGCAGUACGGCUCGCUGCAGGACCGCGACGCGCUGUACAACAACGUCUUCUACGAGCUGGCCGUCGUCUCGCUCGGCACCAGCGGCUCCGGCAUGGGCACCUUCACCGGCGGCGGCCGCGGCCGCUGGGUCUACCCGGGCCCCACCACGACCCUCUCCUUCGAGAACGGCACCGCCCACACCAUGCAGAACUUCGCCAAGGUCCUCGUCCCCUUCGACGGCGUCGACUCGGGCGAAUCCCUGUACGCCGCCUUCUUCACCACCCCCUCCGACACCUCCUUCCACAACGGCGAGCCGUCCUCCAGCGCCGCCGCCACCUCGACCACCUCCUCCACCGCAUCCGCAACCUCAACAACAACAACAACCAGCACCCCCGCCCCGGGCUACCCCCCACCCGUCAUCCGCCAAGCAAACAACCUGAUCGGGGGCUACUACCUGCCCGCGCCCUACACCUCCGUCGCCGUCCUCAGCGUCCCAUCCUUCGUCGGCUCCUCGCAGCAAGCGGCGUUCCAAUCCACCGCGCGGUCGUUCCUCGCCGCCGCGCGCGCCGCCGGCAAGACCAAGCUCGUCGUCGACGUCAGCGCCAACGGCGGCGGCACCAUCCUGCUGGGGUACGACCUGUUCAAGCAGCUGUUCCCUUCGAUUGACGCUUUUGCCGCCGCGGAUCGCGCGCGCGCGGUCGAGGCGUUGGGGGUGGUGGGGGGGAAGUUCUCGGAGGUGGCGGCGGGGGUGGAGAGGGUUUAUGUGGGGGAGGAGGGGGAGGGCGGGAACGCGACGUUGUAUGAGUUGGAGGUGGAUGUGGUGAGUACGUAUUUGAAUUAUCGGACGGAUGAGAGGGUGGAUGGGAAGGCGUUUGGGAGUUGGGGCGAGAAGUUUGGGCCGGUGGAGGGGCAUGGGGACGAGUACACGGAGCUGUCGAGGUGGAAUCUGAGCGACGUGUUGACGCCGUAUAACUCGGGCGGGGUGUGGGUGACGGGGUAUGGCGAGGGGGCGGGGGAGAACGCGACGCAGCCGUUUAGGGCGGAGGAUGUGGUCGUCAUGACGGAUGGGUAUUGCGCCUCAACCUGCACCAUCUUCUCCCGCCUAAUGCAAGACCUCGCCGGCGUCAAACACAUCGCCAUGGGCGGCCGCUCCCCCAGCUCAUCGACAUCCUCGUCCUCCUCCGCCGCCCCCAUCAUCCAAGCCGUCGGCGGCGUCAAAGGCACCAACAACUGGCCGUGGGACUUCAUCCAAUACAACGUCGCCCUCGCCUACUCGUACGCCAACGCCACCGAGCGCGCCCACUUCGACACCACCGCCCUCGCCGACUACAACGACCAGACCCCCUUCCUGCGCGCCGCCGCCGGCACCUCGUACAACGUCAACUUCCGCGACGGCAUCAAGAAGGACGAUCUCGUGGACAGGACGCCGCUGCAGUUUGUGUACGAGCCCGCGGAUUGCAGGGUCUAUUGGACCAAGGAGAUGACGGUGGAUGUGACGGCGGCGUGGAAGGCGGUGGCGGAUUCGGCGUGGGGGUUGGGUGGGGAGAGCAGGUGCGUCGCGGGGGGUUUGGCCGGGAACGGCACCGCGUAUGGUGGUGAGCGGAGGAAGAGGUCGGAGGAGGAGGAGGAGGGGUCGGUGAGGAGGAGGGAGUUGGUCGAGAGCGAUUAUCCGUUGGAUCUGUGGACGGAUUUGGAUGGGAUGGAUUUGAGGAUGGAUGGGUAUAUGAUGCCGUAG